AUGUAUCCCGAAUCGCCGCCUUCACCCACCCCAAUAUCGAACCUAGCAACUCCCCAACACCAUCCCAAGCUUGAUGCUCCAUGGCGGGAUCCGCCCAUUAUUAUCAUUCACCACCCGCCGUUUCCUAGUGGAGCAUCAGUUCCAAAGAGCAAUAUGACUGCCAUCUCCUCGGCAACUCCAACACUCGCAACUACAUACGGAGCGAUACGAACAGCGACGUUUACAACCACAAUCAUAGCACCAACUAAUACACUCUCAGUAUUCAUUUACUACCCAACCAUUACGCAGAGCUCGCAAUUCACGACUGUCAUCCUUGGGAGCGCAGGAUCGAAGUCAGCUGCCACUUUGCCAAUCUUGGUACUUACGGAGGUGGUGGGGGUUAUUGUCAGUACGGAUGGCCAGCCGCUGAAUACGGCGACAUUGAUACAGACAGCUCCUCCCGUACUUAUAUAUUCUGGGAACGGGGAGGCUAGCAAGCUAGACUUAGGUUGCGCAGCAUGGGGAUGUUGGAGUACUGGUCAGAAAGCGGGAACUAUUAUUGCGAUUGUUAUUGGGAUAGCAAUAAUUGGCAUAUUGAUCUGGGCAUUAUGUCGCAGGCGGAGGGCCUGGAUUUCAAGAGGGCGACCAAAACCAAGAACAACGGAUGUUGAACGUGGCAUGGGCAAGAGGAAUACUCCGGUUGGGGCUGUCAUGUCUGGGGCGAGAUUAGAUGGAGCUGGGGCGAAGAAGGAAGAACGAUAUAAAAUGAGGAAUAUACCGCGAUCUGCUUCUUUGACUUCUUCCACAAGUAGGACAUCAAGUCCCUCUUCUGUGAGUCGAAGGCGAUCUAGGCGACGAUCGACAGGAGCUACCCCAAGGCAGUGUGCAUCUCCCCAAGCAGAAAGUCACCGAGUUCCACGAGCUUCCCCACGCUCCUAUCCGACCACUGCUCCUAUGGCAUCCUCAGGGCAAAUAUCCAGCACUCAACGUCCUUUCGGGCCCCAGAACGCUCAGAUGCCUCCAGUUCCCCCCCACAGUAGUAACAUCCGAACAGCCCUCAGAUCAAAAUCCAGACCUCAGUCGUUUUACAGUUCUGAUGACAAGGCCGGCAGCACAGGGACAAAGAAGCACCGAUACUUCCCGCAGACGUCCAUCGUUCGCCAACUAGGAGACGUUAUUCAACCCAAGAGCAGAGCCAUAGGGGUUCAGGAAUGGAAAUUGUGUAGUUCCGAUCCAGCGCCAAGGUCCUCCCGCCAUGUUGCACCACAGGAACGGAGGCCAUCAACUGGCCGGGAGACACAAAGCAGGGGGAAAAGGGCGAUGUCUGCUAGUUAUGAGAGAACAAAAUACUCCGAUCCAGAGAUAGUGGACGAGAGGGCUGCAAGGGGCCGAUCACCCACAGAACAAGAAACACCUCAACGGCGGCGGUCGACACGACCAGCUGCAAAACGUCAAUGUCGUCCCAGCUCAGGCAUUCCCUAA